ACAGGACACGGCCAUCAUUUGCUACUGACUCACGAACUACAAAAUGGCUCGUCUGUUCACAAUCGCAAUCACGCUAGGUUUAUUUCUGAUUUCGUCCGGGACAACCACUUUGGCCGACGUGACCUUCACCUUGGAGGAACAAUUCCAGAAAUUGAGCGACAAUUUUCUUCAAUUCAAAGAGAACGCAGAGCUGAAAGAUCAGCAACACAUUGAAAUGAGGAAAGUUUUGGAAGAAAAAGUUACUCGACUGGAGGAGAUGAUGGAGCUCAAGGAUCGGCAACAGGAAAUUUUGACUGAAAAAAUUAUUCGACUGGAACGAUGGGCCGAGAAGAACGGCAGAGCUACUACGACUUCGUCAAAGGUAGUCGGUGAAAUUGCAUCCGGCGCCAUGCCACGGACGUGCAGAGAAGCUCAUCUAGCUGAUCCAUCACUGGCUUCCGGGAUGUACUGGAUCGAUCCAGAUGGCCAAGCCGUUGGUGAUGCUCCCAUCUACGUUUACUGUGACAUGAUUUCAGAAACCACUUCCAUUCCCCACGACAGUCAAUCGUCCAUGAAUGUCGGUCAUUGCGCUGAUCCUGGAUGUUAUUCCAGGGCCAUCAAUUACAACGCAUCCAGUAGGCAAAUGUCGGCAUUGACUAAACUGUCCGCCGAAUGUCAUCAAUCCAUCAAAUACGAUUGCUACUUUGCGCCUUUUGAAUUUGAUGGCGUCUCCUAUGCCUGGUGGAACGACAAAAACGGAAAUCCGGAAUACUUUUGGUCCGGCAGCGACGACAGCGUCCACACCUGUCAGUGCGGCAUCGAUCGGAAUUGCGUUGACCCUUCGUUGGAAUGCAACUGCGACUCGGCGGCCCCAGUCCAGUUAACUGACAGCGGCAUCAUCUCUAAUAAGAAUCUUCUGCCCGUCACUCGCCUGAAUUUCGGCCGCACCCCACUGGAAAGCUCUUCCGGUAUUCACACAUUGGGUCCAUUCGAAUGCUCCGGACAGGUGGCCGUCACUGGAAUGCCCAGUUCCUGCGAAGAUUUGUGGAGAGUUGGGCACACCUUGAGCGGAUUAUAUUCGAUCAUGGGAGCAACAAAGGUUGAAACAGUUUUCUGCGACUUUGCCAAACUUCCUGGUGACACGGAUUUCCAGAAAUGGAUUGGAUUUACGGAUGUGAAAUCUUCGCCAGUCUAUUUCUAUGUCCAGAAAAGUUCUUCCUACAACUCAACGAAUACUCCGAUUCCAUUUCAAGUUGAAGUGUUCAACAUUGGAGGGGCCAUGAAUUUGUCUUCGGGGAAAUUUACGGCUCCUGUGACGGGGAAAUAUUUUUUUUCUUUCACUGGAAAUGGUCUUUAUUUAAAUACUGCAACCAUACUCUGGUUCCGUAUCACACUUUAUUUAAACGGAAAUUCAAUCGGGAGUGCACAGACAGAUGUGUCCAACACAUCUUCGUCUCUUCUAACGCCGUUAUCCCUGCAGUCGACACUUGCUUUGCAAGCGGGAGAUCAAGUUUGGUUACAGAUUUCUUACCAGUCAGCAGGGGUGUAUCUGUUUGAUGAUGGCCGUCAUGUGACCCAUUUCACCGGAUGGAUUUUAGAACAAGACAAUUUUCCGUCUCUAUAAAUGACAAGCUGGAUUUUACACAUUAGAUACAUGCCCACAAUGUUUUUAAUACAAUAAUAAUAACUAGCCUGAAUUAACGAGGAGGUGCCGGUGUGGCGGCAGGUCCCAAUUGGACAUCAAAUUUCCUUAUUGCACUUUGCUUGAAGGGUUUAAAGUUCAACAAGUUUGGAAUUUGAUUCUUGCUAGAAUAUAGUCAAUAUACCCACAAUCGAAGUUGUGAAGUACAAAACAAAACUUGGCCUGAUCUACAGUCGUUCUAUACAAAUUUUAGGUUAUCUUUUUUUACCCUGACUGAGUCAACAAAAACUGCAAGAGAAAAGUCAAUCGACUAGCUCAAUCAGGAAUAAUCGUACUCCGCAUUUCACGAAUUAACGCAGUCAAAUAGUCA